AGGACGGGAGGCUGCUACUGGAAAGCAAGUGGCUAUCAAAAAAAUAAAAGUUGGCCAAUUUAAGGAUGGCCUAGACAUGUCUGCUGUUCGUGAGGUACAGUACCUUCGCGAGAUUAACCACCCUAACAUCAUUAAGCUCCUGGACGUCUUCUCAUCAAAAGCUAAUCUUAAUCUCGUCCUUGAAUUCCUCGACAGUGACUUGGAGGCGGUCAUCAAAGACCGGUCCAAUGUAUUUCUCCCUGCCGACAUCAAAAGCUGGACGGCGAUGACGCUUCGUGGUCUUGAAUUUUGCCACAGAAAUUGGGUACUUCAUAGGGAUUUAAAACCAAACAAUCUUCUUAUUGGCUCUGACGGGCAGCUGAAACUCGCAGAUUUUGGUCUCGCGAGAGACUUCGCUGAUCCCGGAAUGAAGAUGACAUGUCAAGUAAUUACGAGAUGGUACCGACCGCCGGAGUUGUUGUUUGGGGCUAGGUAUUACAGUACUGCGGUCGACAUCUGGUCUGUUGGUUGUAUUUUCGCUGAGCUCAUGCUGCGUACCCCCUACCUACCCGGAGAGUCAGACAUGGAUCAACUGAAAACGAUAUUUCGCGCACUGGGCACACCCACAGAGAAUGAAUGGCCUGGCCACACAAAAUUACCUGACUACGUUUCGCUGGGCCAAUUUCCGAAAUCACCGCUGAAACUUUUGUUUACCGCUGCGAGCGCGGAUGCAUUGGACCUCCUCCAAAAGAUGUUAACAUAUGAGCCCAGCCGCCGGGUAAAUGCCAGAGAUGCGCUACGACAUCCUUAUUUCUUCGCUCUCCCGUACCCAACGCAUCCAUCCAAGCUCCCGAGAACCAAUGUGCCAACAGCUCCUCGGACAUUACCUGAAGACACAGAAGGCCAGGUCAAAGCGACUAAGACCAGCAAAGCCAGGUCUCUAAAACGCAAGGUCAGCGACGAUCCAUUCUCAAGCGAAGAACCAAAGGAUCUUCGAUCAGUGGCUAGACGGCUUGAGUUCUAAACUUGCUAUUGAUCUUGGCAUGCG